AUGGCUAAAAACUCAGAGUUGUGUAAAGAUUAUAAUUUAGUGAACAUAAUUCAGAUAGUAAUGAGACAAUUUAGACUUUCAAAGAAGAAAUUAGAACUAGUUAAAUUUUAUAAAGAUUUAAUAGAAAACGGUGUUCCUGAAGGAUAUGUGCUACCAUUUGAAUGGAUGCUUAAAGAUUGUGCUGAUUCAAAUGUAAAUGUUGAUUCUGAAAUAGCUUCAAUGAGAUUUUGUAAGAUUAUAGAUAAAGUCAAUGAGAUGAAAGCUAUUGAAUAUGAAUUUAUUUUAAAAGAAAAACAUAGACAAUUCCUUUUUGGGAAAAUUUUUGAAAAUUUAGAAAAGAAACAUUUAAAACCUAAAACUAAAAAAUUAACAUCUAAAAAUUUAUCAGCUAAUCUGUAA